AUGGCGCGCCCGCUGCUCCUCGGCCUGCUGGGCCUGCUGGGCCUCCUGGGCGGCCCGCACGCCCACGGCCACGGCCGGACCCUCCGCUUCGUCACCUUGCUGUAUCGCCAUGGAGACCGCUCCCCGGUGAAAGCGUACCCCAAGGAUCCUUAUCAGGAGCGGGAAUGGCCCCAAGGCUUUGGUCAGCUCACCAAGGAAGGGAUGCUUCAGCACUGGCAGCUGGGCUGGGCUCUGCGGCAACGCUACAAGGGCUUCCUCAGUGCUUCCUACCACCGUCAAGAGGUUUACGUUCGCAGCACCGAUUUCGACCGCACCCUGAUGAGCGCCGAAGCCAACUUAGCCGGGCUCUUCCCCCCGAACGGGUCGCAGCUCUUCAACCCCAACAUCACGUGGCAGCCCAUCCCUGUCCACACAGUGCCUGAGGCCCAGGACAAGCUGCUGAAGUUCCCACUGGGCCCGUGUCCCCGCUUCGAGCAGUUGCAGGAUGAGACCCGCCGGACGCCCGAGUACCAAAACGAGUCCCAGCAGAAUGCUCCCUUCCUGGACAUGUUGGCCAACGAAACCGGCCUCACAGACUUGUCCCUGGAGACCGCCUGGAGCGUCUAUGACACCCUGUUCUGUGAGCAAACGCACGGCCUGGUCCUGCCCCCGUGGGCCUCCCCCGAAACCAUGCAGCGCCUGCGCCAGCUCAAGGACUUCGGCUUCCGCUUCCUCUUCGGGAUCCACCAGCAGGCAGAGAAGGCCCGGCUCCAAGGGGGCGUCCUGCUGGCUCAGAUCCGGGAGAACCUGACCUCGGCGGCCAGCCCAGCCGCGCCCCAGCACCCUAAGCUGCUGGUCUACUCUGCUCACGACACAACCUUGUUGGCACUGCACAUGGCGCUGGACAUCUACAAUGGACAGCAGGCCCCGUACGCCUCUUGCCACAUGUUUGAGCUCUACCAGGAGGACGACGGUAACUUCUCCGUGGAGAUGUACUUCCGCAACCGGAGCGACCAAGCCCCCUGGCCCCUGGCUUUGCCCGGAUGCCCUCAGCGCUGUCCCCUGCCAGAAUUCCUGCGCCUCACGGCCCCGGUGGUACCAGAGGAUUGGGCACGGGAAUGCCAGCUGGUGAACACCGCCCCAGACACAGAAGUGGUCGUGGCCUUGGCCGUGUGCGGCUCCAUCCUCUUCCUGCUCAUCGUGCUGCUCCUCACCGUCCUCUUCCGCAUGCAGGCUCAGCCUCCGGGCUAUCGCCACGUUGCCGACGGGGAGGACCACGCCUGACCGCCUCCCAGCCCCCUUCCCGCCGCCUCCCGCAUCCUGCUGCUGCUGCCACCCCUUCCCCGACCCGCGGGCUGGGCCUCCCACUGAGAGUCCCGGCUUGGAGCAGCUGGGGCCCGGCCUGGUGCCAACCGUUCGCCUCAGCCCUGGCGCGCGCUGAACCGAACCGCACGGGCCGGGCCCGUUUCCCCCACGGUCUGCAGGGACGCUUAGACGGAAACGCCGACUCGGACGUACUCCGCUCUCCAAGUGGAAGGGUCUCCAUCCCCUCUACUGGCCCGGAGGCCCCGGCGGCGGGGGGGGGAGACCCUCUCACCUCCCAGUGCCUCUUUUAGAAGGUGGAAACGCCUUCGGCCGUUGAGGAAGUGGGCCCGAGCAUCUGGGGGUUGGACUGCAGUCAGCAAGCCGGUCCAGGCCUGGAUUCCUACUCCCCUGCGAAGCCGUCAGCUGAGCGUCACCGGACGCCGGCCUUUCCGUUGAAGUCUUGGGCUGGGCCCUCGUGUGGCUUCCACCCUCUUGAAGGGUGGGCUGGAGAAACUGGGGUCAGACACGACUCGAGGAGCUGGCAUCUCCAUCGCCCCCCGAGCUGGGUUGGAGCGGCCAGGGACCUCGGGCAAACCGGACACCUGUGACCCGGGACCCAGAGUGGGGCUGGCUCAGCCUUAAGGGGAAUGAAAGAGUUGGAACUUC